AUCACGUAUUAUUAUUAGAGAUUAAAACAGAGAUAACUUAUAUUAACUCUAGUACCUCUUAAUCUCUUAUAAUAUAUUUUCAGUUUGUUAAUCUAUUAAUUAAAUACCCCGGAAAGUUUUCGUACAUAAUUUAUAUUAUAGAAUUUUAUUGCGCUCAGUCCGACCUUUAGACAGAAAAAUAUUUUUCAAAUAUUGUUUGUUAAUUACUCAUUAUCACAUUUCGUUCUUACUGGUUGAGCACUAAUUACUGUUGCAAGAAUUUUUACCUUAUCUUUUUACUAUGAUUAACAGUUCGCUGUUUUUUUAAUGUUAAAGAUUCUAUUAUAUUGUGAUAAGCCCAAGUUUCCUCAAAUAUUUCAAAACAAAAACGAAAAUGAGUGAGCGACCACAGCCAUUAAAAGCCAUUAAUAAAUUCUUUGAUGAGAGAGAGCCAUGGCAAAUUGUUACAAUGACAGCCUCAUCUGUUUUGGCCCUUGUUUGGGCUCACAGUCUUUACAAUGCAAAAGAAAGUCCUACCACAAGGCUAAGGAAAGAGUUCUUUCGAUGGCUCCGGCGUGUACCAAUUGUACGACGAAAAAUUGAAGAGAAAAUGAAUGAAAUCAAGGCAGACUUUCGCAAAGAUGUGGCAAAGAGACUUGCUGGAGUCAAUGUUAAUAGGAAUCUCCCGGAGAAUGGUCUGCCCUCAGAACGUGUUGUAGAAGAAAUAAGGGAUCACUUGAGCUUAGGUUCCUACGACUGGAAGGGUGGCAACGUAUCAGGUGCAGUAUAUCAUACGAAUGAUGAUAUUUAUCGUGUAGCGUGUGACGCGUAUGCGCUAACGGCCUAUACUAAUCCUCUACAUGCUGAUGUGUUCCCGGGCAUUAAUAAGAUGGAAGCUGAAAUUGUUAGAAUGGCGAUCAAUUUAUUCCACGGAGAUGACAAGUGCUGCGGCACGGUAACAACCGGUGGUACAGAGUCAAUAAUGAUGGCGUGCAAAGCGUUCAGGGAUCGCGCAUACAACAAGGGCAUAAGCAAUCCUCAAAUGGUACUUGCCACGACGGCUCACACCGCCUUUGACAAGGCCGCGCAAUAUUUGAACAUUUCAGUUGUCACGGUGCCUGUCAAUCCUGACACUUUGACAGUUGACAUCAACGCUGUUAAGAAGGCCAUUGGACGCAGGACUUGUUUGAUUGUAGGAUCAGCACCCAACUUCCCCUACGGUACAAUGGAUGACAUCCGAGCUCUAUCCGACAUAGCCGUAGAGUACGAGAUUCCCUUACACGUAGACGCGUGUCUCGGCGGUUUCGUGGCGUGCUUCAUGCCGGAUGCCGGAUAUCCGGUUCCCGAUUUUGAUUUCCGGCUACCAGGUGUCGCUAGUAUGUCUGCUGAUACACAUAAGUACGGGUUCGCGCCUAAAGGAACGUCAGUGGUACUGUAUCGACAUGAAGAGUACAGGCAUGGUCAGUACACGGUCACUACAGACUGGCCCGGAGGCGUCUACGGCUCGCCCACUGUUAAUGGCAGCCGUGCCGGUGGUUCAAUCGCGGCCUGUUGGGCUAGUAUGAUGUAUAUUGGGAAGAAUCGUUACGUUGACAUGACGAGGGAGAUUCUGCAGACCACCAACUACAUACUUGAGGAAUUGCAAAAGAUAAAGGGUAUCUUCAUAUUCGGAAAACCGGCGACUACCGUCAUCGCAUUCGGCUCGAAGCAAUUCGAUAUAUUCAAAAUGGCCGAUUUGUUACACAAAAAGGGGUGGAGUUUGAAUGCUCUCCAAUUUCCAUCUGGGAUUCACAUUUGCGUGACCCACGCCCAUACAGCGGAAGGCGUGGCCGAACGCUUCGUCAAUGACAUUCGCGCGGUUGCAGCUGAGUGCUUGAAGGCUGGCGAUGCUCCUGUCGAAGGAAAGAUGGCCAUUUAUGGCGUAGCUCAGAGCAUCUCGGACCGUAGUCUGGUGUCAGAUAUUACAAAACAUUUCAUUGACUCUAUGUAUUAUUUGCCAACGGAGCAGGACUACGAUAAAAAAUAAUUUCUUGUGUAUUCAAUUGUUUAUGUACACAGUACACACAAUAUUUUCUAUUCAUUAUUUAAAACGAUUAUAUUUUUAUGGAAAUUGUGAUACAUAUGAAGAAGUCUUUUAUUUAGCAAUUUAAGCGUACGAUGUUUAUAUAAAUACGUAAAAGAAAUUUAUAUAAUUAGUAAUUGUUGAAAUUUUUGAAAUAUGGGAACUUAUAAAUAUUGUCAAAAGUGUAUUAAUGAUUAAUUUUAUGUUGUUAAAAUUUUGUUUGCAAUUAUUUUGGGGAAAUUCGACCAUAUUGUAAUAAAAAAUAAGUGUAAAAUAAUUGUUUAAGGGUGAAAUCUUUUUUUUUGUAUUUAUUUAUGGUACCUAAUUAUUAUAUAUAUAUAUAAAUAAACUUGCAAGGUCUAAGAUCGUGUAUAAAUUUUAUAUUAACAGUCCUUUAAGUACUUUGUAAAACAACUGUUAUUCUUUAAUAAAGUUUAAUCAA